UCAGUACGCUAUGCAGGUGUGUAAAAAUACACAUAUAGAUCAUUCUGGUAAAACUAACAGUACAGGAAAUAUUCAUUUAGUGCGGUCACAGAGCUGAGAGCAUCAAACACAAAUAGAGUUUAACCCGAGUGCUGGACUUUGUGCUGAAACUGAGAGAGAGAGGAGAGGAGAAUGGCUCUGAGCACUGAGCAAGCUCUGGCACUGCUACUGAUCUUAAACAGCGCUCACCUCACAGCAGCAGAUUGCUCUGCACCAGACCGUGAUGCUGUCUCUGGCUCAGCUGGGGGGAGAGCAGUGAUGCCCUGUUCUUACACCCCCACCCCUGGGCAGGAUGUAGCAGUCACAUGGUAUGCAUAUCAAUAUCAGGGAGAAUGUGUUCUAUUAAUCUACAAUUCAAAGACCCCCUCCGCACCCAUCCCUGCACAGUGGAGCGGCCGAGUGAAGCUGUCUGAUGAAGUCUCCUCUGGAAACGCCUCUCUGCUAAUCUCUGAGCUCACACUGGAGGACACUCUGGAUUACACGUGUAUAGUGGGGAUCAACAGGGAAUGUGUCACUCACAGGGCUGUUAAACUGACAGUUCAAGAACUUCCAAAGCGAGAUUCAACUACUUCAAAAACAAUGACCACAACCCCGACAACUAGACCACCAGCAACCCCGACAACUAGACCACCAGCAACCCAGAAAACCAGACCAUCAGCAACCCCGACAACAAGACCAUCAGCAACCCAGAAAACCAGCCCAUGCUCAACCCAGCAGGGGAAUGCAGCAGCACAGAGGAGAUCAUACUGCAUGAAACCGCUUUGAUAACUGGAGUCUAAUUGGAUUGCAUGUACCUGUAUUUAGUGAGUGUUGUGAGUUAAGCGGAAGUUCAAUUAUUCCUGUGUGUUGCUGCUGCUGGUUCCCUAUGCCAGUAUAGUCCAUUCUGAAAGAGUAUUGCUGUUACUGUAACCCGCUGCAUCCUGCCUGUGCCUGCAUCUCUUCAUUUCUAUAUCAUUUUAAUAAGAGCGUUUUAGCAUUUUGAUAUAUUUCAGGUUCUAUUCAUCCCUGAUUGCUGUUGCUUUAUUUGUUAAUAAAGUAGUUGGUGCUGUUUACUAUAGAUCAUUGUUACAUACAGUUCUAAAUUCUUUUUAGGAAUAUUAUCUAUAAAAUACAUUAGAGAAAAAGCUUCUACUUGGUCUUGCAAAUUAAAAACAAUGAAUUACUAAAUGUUAAUUGCACAUUGAAAUGUGUUAUUGCUUUUCCUUUUUUGCUUAUGAAUAAUAAAAUAUUUAGCUGUG